UGAAAGAAAAAAAAAAAAAAGCCACCAAUAUUCUCUUAGUUUCCUUGGAAUUCCAGUUCAUCCUUUUCCUUGUCCAAUCUGCAUUUCUGAGGGAAAAAAACCCAACAAAAAGGCUAGAUAGGUUGCUAGAAUCUUACUAAUUAUGUUUUCUUUUUCUGCCAAAGAAAGUUCCACCACUUUUUUCGUCCUUACUCGACCAACCCAAAUCACUCUCUAAACUCUACAACAAGUUUUGAUCUUUGCACUUCAACCACCACAACCCCCAGGCCACCCCCCCCCCCCCCCAAACAUUAUUAUCAAUGGAGCCAAAAAUGUCUCCCCAAACCACCUUUCAAUCCUCAUCUCCAUCAUCUUCUUCUCCUUCUACACCAUGCUCUUCUUCGUCAUCGUCUUCACCAUCAUCUUCUCCGGUCGAUGGAGCUAGAAUUGAACUCUUACCCACCUUAUCUCCGAACCGGAACGAGUCACGACUCGCCGGGAAUUGGGUUCCCAUGGUCGCCGGGAUUGCCACUGAACGGCUGAGGUUCAUCGACCGCAUGGCACAGAGUGGAACAGAAUGGAAGCACGUGGAAGAACGGUUCGACCGACUGGUUUCCACCACCACUGCCGGUCCAGUUCCGGUAGUGAACCGCUCAGAUUUCGCUUUCUGUAUCGGAAUGGAGGACACAGCAGAAUUUGCAGAAAAGCUUCUAGAAGCAUUACAAAGAAGAAGCAGCAACAUCGAUAAUUUACAAUUGGAAAUCACUAAAGCCCAACUCCAUGACUAUUGGUGUCGGAUCAAUGACCCAAGUUUCAAUUCCAGGAUCCGUAUCUUCUUCGACCUGUGUGACAAAAAUAUGGAUGGGAAAAUUACUGAGCUAGAAAUCAAGGAGGUAAUCUUGUUGAGUGCUUCUACAAAUAAGCUAUCCAUGACACAAGAGGAAGCAGAAGAUUACUCCACCUUAAUCAUGGAAGAGCUGGAUCUCUCUAAACGUGGCUUUAUUGAAUUAUCGCAAUUGGAGAGGCUUUUUUUCAAAGAAUCUCAACGUAUAGUCUCAUCCCAAUCGAAUUCCGAAGAUCCAAAUCGGGCAAAUCGAACAAGAACACCAUGGAUUAAUGAAGAAGUCUACCUUAGAACUUAUUGGAGAAGGGCAUGGAUCGUUGGGUUAUGGUUAACCAUCUGCAUUACACUCUUCACAUGGAAGUUCAUACAAUACCAACACAGGAAGGCAUUUCAGUGCACAGGCUAUUGCCUUUCCACUGCCAAAGGAGCAGCAGAGACUCUUAAGUUCAAUAUGGCUCUCAUUCUCCUCCCGGUUUGCCGGAAUACGAUGACGUGGCUGCGGAUGAACCGUCGAAUUAAUUCGGUUGUCCCCUUCAAUGACAAUAUAAACUUCCAUAAGCUUAUUGCAGGAGGAAUAGUGGUUGGUGUGAUCCUCCAUGGAGGAGCUCAUCUAGCUUGUGAUUUUCCGAGGAUAAUCAGCUGCAACCCUUCAAUUUUCCGGCGAACGAUCGCCGGAGACUUUGGGUAUCAUCAACCAUCUUAUGUUGAGAUACUUGGUACCACGGAGGCUAUUACUGGGAUUACAAUGGUGGUACUCAUGGCCAUUGCAUUCACUCUAGCAACCCCAUUGCCACGGCGGCGGCCGUCGUCGCUGCCGUGGCCGCUCCAUCGGGUCACCGGAUUUAAUAUGUUUUGGUAUUCACAUCAUCUCUUCAUCAUUGUGUAUGUACUGCUUCUUGUGCACUCCAUAUUCCUCUUCCUCACUCACGAUGCAAGAGAAAAAACGACAUGGAUGUAUAUAGCCUUUCCAGUGUUGCUAUACUUAUGGGAGCGGAUUUUUCGAGCGAUAAGAUCAGGGUUGUACAAUGUUGAAAUUCUUGAGGCAAAUACUUAUCCUAGUCAAGUUUUGUCUCUCAAAUUGAGCAAACCUGGAGAUUUUAACUACAAAAGUGGGAUGUAUAUAUUCAUCCAAUGCCCUCAAAUUUCUCCAUUUGAAUGGCACCCUUUUUCCUUGACAUCUGCUCCAGAGGACAAUUAUCUCAAUGUGCAUAUUAGAACUCAAGGGGAUUGGAGUUAUCAAAUGUAUAGUCUUUUCCAAGAGGCACUGGCCUCAGUGGGUUCUGAGUUUCCAAAGAUUUACAUAGAUGGGCCUUAUGGUGCAGCUUCUCAAGAUCAUGUCAAGUAUGAUGUUAUCAUACUGGUUGGGCUUGGCAUAGGAGCCACUCCUUUCAUUAGUAUUCUCAAAGAUGUUGUUCAUGGCCUAAGCAAACCUUAUAUUGAUUAUGGGGAUGGUGGAGAAUCAGGGAUUAAAAACAGAAAGGGUCCAUCAAAAGCUUACUUAUAUUGGGUUACUAGAGAACAGAGUUCCUUUGACUGGUUCAGAGAUAUCAUCAAGGAAGUCUCCUUUGCAAAUAGAAAGCAGGCUGUAAUAGAGAUGCACAAUUUCCUUACUAGUGUUUAUGAAGAUGGAGAUGCAAGAUCAGCAUUGAUAAGUGCAAUUCAAGCUUUAUAUCAUACAAAGAAUGGUAUCGACAUUGUCUCCAGGACUCCGGUACGUACACACUUUGCUAGGCCAAACUGGACCAAGGUCUUCUCAAACUUGGCUUCUACACAUGAAGGAGCACGGAUCGGGGUUUUCUAUUGUGGGCACUCAGCUUUGGCAAGGGAAUUGGAGAGGUUAUGCACAAAUCUCACCACCAAAACCACCACUAGAUUUGUAUUUCACAAAGAGAAUUAUUGAGAUUGAUUCUUUUCCCUUUACUUUUUUUGAGUGGCUAUUAACUAUAUAUUGUCUACAAAAAAGAAAUUUAAUUAUAUGUUAAAGAUGAGUAUCUGAUGUUACUUAAUUGGCUCUUUAAAUAGAACCCCAUUUGUUAACGAGACUAACAUUUUUUUUGUUGUAAAUAAUGUGAAAUAUAUUUA